ACCUAGUACUACAUGAUCUUACUAUAAUCAAUCUUCACUUUCUCACUGCGCGAGCUAGUUAAUCAGAUUAACCAUGGAUUUGAACGUAAAAUUUUCUGCGGUCGCGAGCACGAGCAGCUCCUCGCGCGGGUCAUUCGCAGCUGUGCACCCAGGUACACGAACCAGCACUUCUUCUUUUUCGCCGGGAAAAACGCCGGGCGGUACUGGUGGCGGUGGUGUAAUAUCUUUCGCGGCAAAUAAUCUUUACAAAGAGGAGUCAGAUUCUGGCAAGGUAAGAAUGAGCACGACCUCGGCGACUUCUGGAACGCUAGUUAAUGAUGCGCCGACAGGAGGGGAUGUUGCUCCUAGCACAUCAGUUACUGCGUCGAUAUCUUCUGUACCACCAGCCGCAGCCGGACCCAGAAGUGCUGACCAAGGAGGGGCUUCUACUGGUGCUUCUAAAGCCAGUACUACUACACCUACGUCAAACGCCCCGUCUGCUUCGUCGCGGAAAAACAGCACGACAAGCACGACAUCCUCGAACACGAUCGGCAACCCGUCGCUGCUGAAAAAUGCGGCGGAGCUUGCCAUCCAGAAGGCGAUCCAGAAGCGGGAGGAGCAAAAGCUGAAGAAGACGAAGAGGAAGCUGAAGCUGCAGUGGGCGAUGCACAAGGCGCGGAAGAGCGUGUUCGAGUCCAUCCAAUCGGAGCAGGAGGUCGGGGAGGCGCCGCCGAAGAUUCCGAAGACCACUGAAAACAUGCAGAAAGCCGACGAAAAGAUCAAACAACUGGCCCAGGAAGCCGAAGAGGUGGUGGUGGUUCUCUCCCGGGCGACGACACCUCCGGAAGGUGUUGAACAAGCAGCACAGGAAGAGACCACAAGGACUAACCAGCAGGGUCGCGACGGAGACAAGAUGGUCGUGGGCAGCUCGGGUUCAUCUUUGAAUAAAAAAUCCGGGCCGGCGACCUCCUCGUCUUCGACGCGCUCUGGUAUAGUUGUUCCCGCUUUAGUAACAACUCCCGCAUCCUCCACAUCAACCGCAACUCGGCAACAGCUACGCAGUAGACCUCGGACCGGCUCGGCGUCGUCAACUGCAUCCGGCGGGGCAGCUAAAAAUCUUGCCGCUCAAAGUAGUUAUAACAACCACCCGCUCGGGAUCGGGUCGACUACCGGAAGUGCUGACCACAGGGAGCACCAAGAAAGGACAGGAACUUCUACAACCGGAGAAGCAGCCGCGUGGUCCAGCAGUGCCGCAAGCGACGCAGCUGCGUCUUCUACCACUUCGAAAGCCUCGUCCUUUGCGACUGCGCACUCGAGAGCGUCGUCGUCGUCCAGUAUGGUGGUCCAGGGGAAAUCAACAUCGCCAAGAGCGCCAUCAGGAUCUUGUUCUACUUCAAGUUCUUCUACUUCUACGCGCGCCAAUGCUGCGACGAGCACGGCGGGGCUAUCUGAAGAACAAACGGGCACCACGUUGCCGACCUACCCGCACCUCCACGCACCUCCAGCUGCACCCACCACACCAACCGCUGCAGCUGCGCACGGCUCAACCACGACGACGACCCCGUCAGGCAGCAGGGUGAUGAACGAGCGCAGAGGUGGACCACCUUUCGUGCCGUCCUCUUCGCGCGCCAUGAGCAGCACUUCUGGCGGCGGCGAGGCUACACUUUCAUCAUCUACUUCGGGUUGUAGUACUUCUAAGGUGGACGGUCACAAAACGCCGACGCGAAUGCCUUCCCUGUCGCCCAAGGUGGGGACGGCGACGAGAACGGGGGCCGACAAAGGAUCGUCAUCUUCCUCCACUGCUCGGGCGGCCAAAAAAAAUGGCACGAAGUGGUCUUCGCCUGCGAGGUACAGUAAGCACCAGGCGCAAACUUCCUUACCACUACCCCAACCAGGAGGGGGUACAAGUUGUACCGGGACCACUAGCACUUCCGACAAUAAAACGCCCACGUCGAACAAAACUCCCACUUCUUUUCGCCGCAAAUCCUUCCGGGACCCGACCAACGAGACCAAGGCCGAGCACUUUGUCCACUCCGUCCUCAGCCCAAAGAUGCAGAAGUCGCUCGGGAUCGGCGGCUUACUCUCGCCGGGCCGCAAAACGAACCGCGACAAUUAUUCCCAGUCCGGCUCGCUAUCGCCCUCGAAGAACCGUUAUCCCCUGCAUAAAAAAUGAGCGCACUCGUAGGUACUGGUAAUUGCAAGCAUGCAUAAGUAGAAACACCUUAUGUUUUUAGCUGAUUUAGCAUUGACAGUGACAGAUCGCACAUUCCUGUUCUGAUUGAAAAAAUUCGUAUAUGCGAAGAUUUCUAUCUACAACCGUCGAUGCGACUGCGAUAUAACUGCUUUUACAAUGCAUCACCGCAUGACGUCGCUGUGGCAGAAGAACGUCGGAAAGAUCUGCACGUCCAUGCGGGACUGGCGGAAGCGCAACCACUGCGAUCAGGAGGCCAAGGGCGUUUUCAUCGUGAUUGGUGGGUACCCGGACUUUCGGCAGGCCAUGCUGGCGCGGAACUGGGUGGAAAACACGGACCCGCAGAGCCGGUUCUUCGACCUGAUCUUCACGCUGAAGGCCUGCGACAUUGAGUACGACAAAUUGGACCCGCACCAGAUUGUGAACCACUACCAGCGCAACCGCGAAAUCACGACGAAGCUCGGGCUGACGCUAAAUCUGCGGAACUCCUCGUGGCUGCCGCCCGUGGGAAACAUGGUGUUCCGCCGGAAGAAGUUGAGGACAAUGGAGGAAAGUCGGCUGGCCGAGCUCGGAAUCGGGACGACGACUACAGUAACGGCGGUUGGUGGUACGGAUGAACAUCAAACCACGGUGGGGGAGCUGCAUGAAUCUCAAUCCAAAGACGAUCAGGAAAAAUCGGAGUGCUUGCAACGACCUGGCGAAAAUCAAUCGAAAAGAACUACUGCAGUAGACUCGGAUCAUCAGAGCGACGGUUGUUUGAAAACAAGCAGUGGCGCAGGAGCAGGAACGGUGACAACUACUACCUUCUACGCGACGACGCCCACCCCGCAGACGCCCACGUCCUCCUUCAAUCGAACGGGAAACACGCUUUCUAGGUCAGGGUCGGGGUCAUCCAGCUCGGCGACGUCUAAGCACCCUCGGGCAGACGAGUUUCUCCAGACCCAGUCGAACUUUGUGGGCAACAGUAGUUCUACUAACGGAAUCAAAAUCAUGUCGAGCAGUGGCACUUCUACAGCGGGGGCAGCAGCAGGAACUACACCUACACAUCAAGCUGGGACCCCUGCAGUUGCUGGGGGUAAUAACAGCAGUAACCUGAUUCAGGUGCAGUCGCUGUCGAAGCAACUCCGAUCCACUUCGGAGCAGGAACCGCAAGUCACGCUUACGAACAUGAUCCUGCAAUCGGACGACAUCCAGAUGCCGGACGUGAAAGACCAUUUGCUCGACCGGGAAAGGGACGACGCAAACGCGGAAUUAUCAUCUGCGGCGGAAUCGGAGUUUCUCGCGCAGGAAAGCAGCAGCUUCUACCCGCUGUGCUUCGACCUGAGCCGCGAAAAGGCGGAUUUCUGCACCGCCUUCCAAAUCAGCAAGUGCCAAAGCAUUCUGUGUGCCUUCCUGGAGGCCUAUCAGAAUAAGUACACAACUCCCCCUCGUUCUCAUUUGUCAUGCAAAAUACCAAAUGCGCGCUUUCCCUCCUGUCACUAUUAUGCAUGACAAGUUCUGGAAGCCCAAAUAGCACUACAAUUCUAUGGAAAUUUGUCAUGCAAAACCUGCAUUGUUGCUGACGCUUUUAUUGCCAGUUAUGCAAUACAAAUGAGGGGGACGCGGGGGAGUUGUGCACUCUGAUAAGGCCUACGACCAGUGCAGCUUCGUGGAGCGCAAGGACAGCUUCAACAGCCGCAAGGAUAUUACAAUGAAAAAUGUCCCCACCCCCGAACUUGGGAGCAUUUGUAUUGGAAACCUUUCCAAAUGAAACAUUCGCCCUCUUGCAUCUAUCAGCAUCACAGAUUUCCGAUCGUGAAUAGGAAAAAUCUGUAUUGCAAAAGAUCCCAGCAAGAGCGGCGCUUGUCUCGCAAGCGAUGCGAGACACGCCUAGACUCUGCAUCAGAAAGGUUCAUACUCAUUUCAUGCAUGACAAAAAGUUUUCACUUGGAAACUUUGCAUACACAAACUUUUGCAACUUGGGGGUGGGGGCAUUUUUCCUCGCGAUAAAGGAAGUCGCGGCUUUAUUGGAAGAAAAAUCUGCCCUGAGCGCAAAACCGCGGAAGGAAUCCGAUGCGGAGAAGGCGGCGGUGGCGGCCGCCAGCAUGUGGAAAAAGAAGGUGUUUGGCAGGAAAAAAAAGGCGAACAGUUCUGGUGGGACGAAUGAGGAUCAGGACAAGAUGAAGAGCAGCAAUAAAUUCGCAGCGAAUUCUAAAGGUGGUUCCUCUAGUUGUACUUCCCCUAACGAAAAACAACCACAAACUCGGUCCCGGUCCAACAGUUCCUCUAGUUUGUUCGAAAAUCUGAUCCCGCCGGCCCACAUCAUCGAGAAGCAGAAGCAGAUCCCGCCGUUUUUCACCCACAGUGAGGACGUGGUGCGGAUCGCGCUGAAGGUCUGCAAGCGGAUUUUGCUGGAGGCGGACGACGCGAUCGACGACAAGGACACGGCGGAGAAGAAAAAUCUGGUCACGUACGACGAGUGGAAGUACAUUCAGCGCGUGAAUCUGGACGAUCCGUUGUCCGUGCUGGACAAGCUCCAGCGGCCGCAGCCCAAAUUUCGCCAGCCGCUCAUCGUGUACGAUCCGCUGGACGUGAAGACGAAGGAGUUGAAAAGACUGGAGAAAUUGAAGAAGAAACGGGACGAGAAAGACGCCGCCGACGACAUCACCUACUACGUGCGGAUGCCGGACUUCGCGCAGCGCCCGGUCUGCAAAUUUCUCGCGUACGAGUGCAAUUUGGUCCUUCACGAGUUCAACAACAGCAGCGAAAGCCGGUGUUUGAUCGGGCCGAAGAACACGUGGAUCAUCAAGCCCGCGGGCAAGUCGCGGGGCCGCGGCAUCGAGAUGUGCCGGGAGCUGGAGGAGAUUCUCCAGAAGACCAGCAGCGGCCCGCUGCCGAGCUACCUCUACUCCAGAACCCCGGACGACGAUGAGAACUUGCAACAGGUUGGCAAGUACAUCGAGCAGUGGAUCGUGCAGAAAUACAUCGAGCGGCCGUUGACCAUCAAAGGCUACAAAUUUGACAUUCGCCAGUGGGUGCUGGUCACGGACUGGAACCCUUUGACAGUGUAUAUGGCGUUCUCAAAUGCUACAUUCUCAAUUGUUACAUGAAUUUGUGAAGCAAGAAUUGCAAAAGUGAAAGGAAGGACCUUGCGCGUCUUGCGUGACAGGUUUGGCGCAGAUUUUCACCCUGUUUGGCCGUCUGAGAAUCUGUCACGCGAAGCAGCUUGAUGGGGCCGAUAGUCAAGGCUGAUGAAGGCAAAUUUGCGUGACAAAUCAUGUAACAGCUGAGAAUGGAACAGUUAAAAGCGCCAUAGUGUACCUCUGGAAGCAGCCCUACCUCCGGUUCGCGAGCAAAAAGUUUUCCACCACGGACCACUCCGCCUACGUCCACUUGGUAAACAAUUCCAUCGUGUACACGGACAAGGAGAAUUUUGGCGAAUGGAACGACGAGCUCGACUCCGCGCACUACAUGUGGUUCUACCAAAAGUUUCAAAAGAUAUCCAGGAAAAAAACUGUGUAAGUGUAUACUAUGUAGGAAGAGAAGCAUCACAAAUUCGCUUUGCAUUAGAAGGUAAACCUGUCAUGCGCAGCUAGUACGUGGAAACACCAACACGUAUGAAAGUAGCCUAUGACGCAGAUACAGCAUGACAAGUGUGACAGUUUUGCACUUUCUGCAUCACAGACUUACACUUACACAGCUUUUUUCUUGCAUAAAAGUGGCUCCACGACGAAUACUGUCCGCAUUGCUCGAUCGCGAAAAAUAUCCUGUGCAAAAGUAUCGCAUUCGUAUUGCAGUCAUGCAUUACAAAUCUUUAGCUUAAGGUAAAUCCGCAUUACAAAUUUUAAUUUUAUCUGUCAUGCGGAGGAAAUUUGUAAUGCAUUUAUACGAGUGCGAUACUUUUGCAGUUCAUAAAAAAGUUUGGCCACGCGCCCGCGAAACCGGAUUUUCUCCACGAGCCCCCCUACACCUGCGAAACGUUUUAUCCUUGAUGGAAAAUUAUGAAGUCUGGCAUCUACUAGCUACUUGUACGUCUAUGCAACCAUAAUUCGAAAUAAAAUGAUAGCGCGACUUUCUUUAACAGUAGAACUGAAGCUUUUCCCUUUGCUUUGCAGCUCCUCUGCAGCAGCAUGUUGCGAUGGCCGCUGAGUGGCCAUGACAGAGGAAGAGGAGUUUUUCUAUAUGGCUUUUGCAUGUAAAACAAGUAUUAAGUAACUGGAAGUACAACUGCAAAUGCAGUAGAGGUUGUCAGAUGUGAAGUGUUUUCUGUGUGAGACCUUUGGCGUAUCGUGGGAGGAUAUCGAAUGCAAAAAUGUCUGGGUCUGGAAGAGUGUAGACUUGUCAUGCAGAUUUUCCAUGACCCAUGAGGUCUGGAAUGCGGGACUUAGCAUGACAGACUAUGCGAGGCCUCUCCCAUGCCUAUUCUGCAUGAGAAACCCCGCUCAAACUUGGUCAAAAGUGGACAGCUUUUGGCACUCAUGCAACACAGAUUUUUGCAUGCUUCAGAUUUACCAUGACAGGUUGCAAUCUUCCAGACCCAGACAUUUUUGCAAUUCAUAGAGGAAGUCCGGUUUGUGCAGGAGGAGUGCGACGAGGAGGAUUACGAGGAUAACAAUGCACCAAACGGCGCACCGCCGCCCGCAAUAGAACUACACCAAGGUGGUCAGCAGCAGCAGCAGGUUGCUUGUUUGGCCGAGACCGCAACUACUAAAGAUUUCACCGCCGCUACGACGGAUCAUGCCAGCAGAUCCUCCUCCUCGUCAAGCAGCUGCACCACGACUUCGAGUUCUUCGAGCCAGCACGUCAAUUCUGGUGCAGCAGAGAACAUCAAAUCGUCCAACGUCAAACUAUCGCCGAUAAAGCCACAACAGCCCGGUGACGGCUUCGCUGCUGGCACGUCGUUUCCAGUGAGCGGCAGUGAGCAAAUUUCGACGACCGCGUCGGAAACCGAGACUCAGCUUUUGAAAUUGCCCAAGUUGGUAGACACAGCGGAGGUGAAGGUGGAAGUGCUUGGGGAAGCAGAUAGCGGUCAACAUGAACACCACCAAAAGUCUUGGAUGACCAGCUGCACGGGAACUACGAUAAACGGGGCUGACCGCAGAACUGGCACUUCUGGGUCAACAACACCUUCACUUUUAGGACCUGCUAGUGCGCCGCCGGACACCAGUUGUUCAUCAUCUACGGAUAAUAAUACUCAUGCUAGGGCUCCUGCUGCAACAACUUCUACGACUUCCUCCGCUGCACCCCCGCCCGACAGCUCGGACGACGACUCGCCUGCAAGAUAUGGGAUUGCUCUCAAACUACGUUACUUUGUCAUGCAAGACGCGCAAGCUUUUCCUUUUUCCUUUCACUUAUGCUAUUAUUGCAACUUCACAUCGCCAUCACGCAGCAGCGACCAAUGUAAGAACGUUUGAGAGCAGCGCCUCCAUACACGCCAGAGGCGCAGCACGCCCCCGCCGGACCCACGGUUUUGUGUGGAUGUGUGGAGCAGGAAAAUUCUUCCGGAUAUCAUCCAAAUCGUGAAGCUCUCACUACUGUCCGUGCAAGAUGGGAUUGAGGUAAGUAUAUACGGUCAUAUUUGUUAAGCACGGGCUGUUUUAUUUUGUCCUUCUCCGCUUGAUAAAAUUGUACCCGGUACUAGUUCUCCACUUUGACUUCGCGAUGGAUCAUCCUUGUUUGAAAAUCAAAUGCACUUCCACAGCACCGGAAAAAUUCCAUGGAGCUCUUCGGCUACGAUUUCAUGCUGGACGAAGAUCUGAAAACCUGGUUGAUCGAGGUGAACUCCUCGCCCGCAAUGGACUACUCGACGCCGGUGACCACGCCGCUCGUCAAGCAGGUCAUGGAAGAUUUGGCAAAGGUGGUGGUCGAUACCAAGCUGGAAAUGAACAACAAGAUCGAGAACAAGCAACCCGUGGACAAGUACGCGGAGCCGCCGGACACGGGGGAGUGGGAGCUGAUUUACCAGGGCAGUUGCUGUUUGAAAAAGCCGACGUUCUUGGGAAAAUUAGACGUCCAGGGCAAAGCCAUUCCGGUCAUGCCGCCUGGUACCGGUGGUGCAGGCUCAGCUUUUGCCGGGGCGAACACGGUGGGGGCGGGAAAGAAGCGGGGAUGAUUUGAUGAGGUGACAGAAAUAUUAAAGUCACAUCAUGCCGUAAAAAAACAGAAUUUAUCGCACUAUUAAGCUUUAUUCCGCUUGUUUUUACAACAGUUUCGAAUUGAUGACAGGAUAGAUUGCACUUUUGAAUAGGUAGGCAGCAGAUGCCACAUGAACCUGGUUUCUCUUUUAUUCUAUAGACCGCUCGAUGCAAAUUAUGAUUUUACAGAUGCAAAAAAAAACAUGUAGUUGUUUCGACCGCUGAGACGAAUGGAACACAUCAGAAUUAAUGAACGCUUUCGAAUUUCUUAUAGAAAAGAAUACCAAUAGCAUGGAGCUGGAGUUUAACUUCGAAAUUAGAUGCCAUAUCAUGUACAACAGCAAAUGUUGAAUACACGUAAAAUGAACUCGAGCCGCGCUACAAGACUGCAGGUGGUUGGUGCAGAAACACAACCAUGGGAGCGACACGACACGGGUAGUACUACAGGAGCCUCCAGAGUAUGUAGAAUCGUGCUCAUAAUUCUUAACCUUAAUAACCUUAUCAAGCGAGAUGAAGAACCAUGCUGGGCUACUUUAUCUACGGACAUCAAUUUUAUCUUUUGUCUUUGUUUUACAUGAUGGAACAAAAAUCAAGGCAAUUUACAACAAUUUUUAAAGCAAGGAGAAAAUGUAGUUCGGAAAAU